AUGCCAUAUGAGUUUAUCAAACCGAAUAAAGAGAAAUUAGAAGAUGGGGAAGAUGCUAAAAUUCAACGCGAAUUAGUUUUGUGGCAACUUCGGAUGCGUGAAGAACGACAACGGCGCCUGCUUGCUGCUGCUGAGAAGGCGGAGCGAAAACGAGAAGUUGCCGUUCAGUCUGAAUCAUCGCAUUCGAUUACACAUAGCAGGCAAGAAUGUGGUGAUCAAACACAUCCUUGUAAAAAGACAAUAUCACUGCAGGAAUACCGAAGAGAACUGGAUGAAGUGACUCAUGGUAUACAGAAUGCUAAAAAUCCACCUUGGUACUCAAAUGAACCUAAUUGGAAGCGAAAACAAAAGAAAAAAGGCGGUGUUAUAUACCAUGAGGCACGAAGUGUUGUUAAAGAAUAUAUUCAUCGUCCUUUACCAUCUUCAAAAAUUCCGCAAAGAACUCCUACGGGAGCACUUCAAGGGUAUAAAGAUGCACUUGCAUUGACUGCCCGAUUAUGUGAUGAUUCAUCUCGUACUUCAUCUUCCUGGCACAAAAAACCGUUACGAAGUGUCAGCAUUAUAAAUCGUAAGAAUUCAGAAUUAAGAGCAUCUUCUGUUGCAACGACGCGAUCAGCGGAGCUUAGAAGAAGACACACAGAUUCUAUUGCUUCAAGUCUUAAUGGUGAGAAUACACAGGCCCCAUAUCUGCAUAAGUCUAACCGGAAUGAUCAUGAGGGUCAUCCAGGUAGUCUUUCUCCUCCGUCAGUAUUAGAACUAAAAGAAGAUUACCAAAAAGCGAUAUUACAACAUCAUAAAAAACGACAACAAAAACAAAACAUGAGAGAUGGAAUAAUAAGUGGACAAAAUGGGGAUUUACAGCCACAGCGGAGUGAAUCAUCUUUUUUCUAUCACAGUGGACGAAGGUCUGCAACGCAACCUAUGGUUUCAUCCUCCCCUGUUAAUUCUCCCCAACCGCGGCAACCGACCCAACCGCCGUAUUCCCUCUAUAAGGAGGAAACAGUAGCCUUAGCUCCAACUCCCAUGGUGAAAGUUGCGGUGCCAACAGAAAUAGUUGUAUCUCCUCCCACUCCUAGUUCUAAUUAUAUUGACAACGCUUCUUUACAACACAAGGAUCUUCCCAGACGUGAAGUGUCACCGCUCUUGACGGAACUCCUCAGUAAGAUUGUGUUACCCAAACCCUCGCUUUACCGACCUGACUUGUACCAAGGACAGACAGUUUCAGAUACCAUAAAUCCAGCGACUAGAAAAGUAAAUCAAGGAGGGAAACCCUUAGAAGACACAACAUCAGAUGUUGCACGUGGUCUUUUUUCUGAGAAUUCGUUAACCAUUAAGUCAAUGAAUGAUACGAGAUCCAUAGAUCACUCAUGGUGA